AUGUCCCGUCGACCGUCCAACUCGGAGGGCGUCCCGGACGAGCGCACCUCCCUGCUCGGCGCGAACCGGACGUCGCGGAUAAGAAUCGCGAGAACCAGAGCUACGCCGGUGUGUCCCCCUCCUUACGUUGCCCUUUGGCAGUCAUCACUGACGGUGCUAUCUACAGACAGUGUCAAAUCCCACCGCCACCACUCCCGCGCCAACUCGUGGGGCUCCCGCCUCAUCCAAGCCCUAGGCGACAGGCAAGAAUCCUACGGCGGCAUCGCCGACUCCAAAUCCUCCCUCUAUCCCGACGACCGCGUCUGGUACGAUCAAUUCACCUCGACCGACUGGGUCCACGACUCCAUCGCCGACGCCUACCGCGUCAAGGCCCUCAGGCAGAGAAAAGAUUUCUGGGGGAGGGUCUAUGUUCUUUUUGACGGGGCUCAAGGUUGGAUCCUGAGCGCCUUGGUCGGGUUCAUCGUUGCGGUGCUGGCUUACGCGGUGAACGUGAGCGAGGCGACGGUGUUUGACUUCAAGGAUGGGUAUUGCCAAAAGGGGUGGUUGAUCAACGAAAAGAGGUGCUGCCCUCACGGGCCUUGCGUUGACUGGAGGGAUUGGGGCGAGGUGUUGAAUGGGUGGCCGUUUGGCAAGGAUUGGACCGAGUGGUUUGUUUACAUUGUCAUGGUGAUCGCUUUGGCGGUGGCGUCUUGUCUGAUGACGCUGACGACCAAGACGGUCGUGCCUUCGGCGUAUCGGCUCACGACGCUGGAUGAGAACCUGGCGGCGGAGAAUGCUGCGCACAUGGGGGAUCACGAUAAUGACGAUGGUGCUAACAUCAGCCCGCGCCACUCGUGUGUCGAUGGGCAGGGGUCGUCGUCUGCGGAGAGCGCGCCCAUGAUUUACUACUCCGCCGCCGGGAGUGGUGUCGCCGAGGUGAGGGUCAUCCUCAGCGGUUUUGUUCUUCACGGCUUCUUGGGUCUCAAGACGUUGCUGAUCAAGAGCUUGGGGUUGAUCCUCAGUGUGGCGUCUGGUUUGUCGCUUGGCAAGGAAGGGCCGUAUGUGCAUAUCGCCACCUGUGUCGGGAAUAUCGCUUGCAGAUUGUUUAGCAAGUAUGACCGGAACGACGCCAAGAGGAGGGAGGUCCUUUCUGCUGCCGCGGCGGCUGGUGUGGCGGUCGCUUUUGGCGCGCCGCUGGGGGGGGUGCUGUUUGGGCUGGAGGAGGUUGCGUAUUUCUUUCCCGCCAAGACGCUGUUCAGGACGUUUUUCUGCUGCAUCACGGCGGCGUUGACGCUCAAGUUUCUGAACCCCUACGGCACGCACAAGAUUGUCAUGUUUCAGGUGAGGUAUCUGGUGGAUUGGGAGUAUUUCGAGAUUGGGAGCUUCAUCCUGGUGGGGGUUUUGGGAGGAGCGGCGGGAGCGUUGUUCAUCAAGGCUUCGAGGCGCUGGGCCAAGACGUUCAGGCGGAUCCCCGUCAUCAAGUCGUACCCGCUGCUGGAGGUGGUGCUGGUGGCUUUUGUGACGGGGUUGAUUGGGUACUGGAACGUGUUUACAAAGUUGCCGGUGGCGAAGUUGCUGUACAACCUGGCGGCGCCGUGCGAUGACCGGGAUAACAACCUGGAGGAUCUGGGGUUGUGUCCGGAGAGGGCGGAGGACAUCCCGCCCGUGUUGAGGGAUUUGCUGACGGCGUUUUUGAUCAAGGGGUUCUUGACCAUCAUCACGUUUGGUAUCAAGGUGCCGGCGGGGAUUUAUGUGCCGUCCAUGGUGGUGGGUGGGUUGAUGGGGAGGACGAUUGGGCACGUGGUGCAGUGGUGGGUGAUGGCGACGAGGGAGUGGCCGGUUUGGGGGACUUGUUCGGCGACGAGCGCGACGUGUAUCCAGCCUGGGGUGUAUGGGUUGAUUGCGGCCGGGUCGACCAUGUGUGGGGUGACGAGGCUGUCGGUCACGCUGGCGGUCAUUCUCUUUGAGCUGACGGGGAGUUUGGACUAUGUCUUGCCGUUUUCGCUGGCGAUUCUGGUGGCCAAGUGGGUGGCUGACGCGAUUGAGCCGCUGAGCAUUUACGACUUGCUGACCGAGAUGAACUCUUACCCCUUCCUCAACAACAAGCACAAGCCCGUCUUCACGUCGGAGCUGGCGGACAUUGUGCCGAGGGUGAGGAAGGAGAGGAUUAUUGACAUCAGCACCAGCCCUGUGGUGCCGGCGAUGAGCCUGAGGACGAAGCUGGAGCUGCUGCACCGGGCGGGCGAGCUGGACGGGGGGUUGCCGAUCGUCAGGCACGGCAUCCUGGUGGGGUUGAUUCCGGCGCCGGAUUUGGAGUACGCGCUGGAUAAUCUGCAGGAUGAGGGAUCGAGCCUGUGCCUGAUGGCGAGCGUGCCGACGAUUGACGACUCGGAUGAUGGGAUGCCAGAUCCGACGGAUUUCACGCCGUACAUUGACCCUGCGCCGGUGGCGCUGGACAUUAGGUCGCCGAUGGACUUGGUGUAUGAGUGUUUUGUCAAGUUGGGGUUGAGGUAUAUUUGCAUACUGAGGGAUGGGAAGUAUGCGGGGAUGACUCACAAGAAGACGUUUGUCAAGUACAUGAGGGAGUUGGAGGAGAAGGAGGGACAUAUGUAA